AUGAUGGAGAGCAUGGAAGUGAACCCACAAGAAAAAGAAGAGGUUGAAGCCAACACCUGGCCUGGUCUUAAACCCAAGCCUUGGAGCGUAAUUCCGGCGAAGAAAAAACUGGUGAAGACGAUGAUGGUCGAAUACAUAGGCCAAUCUGUAGUAUCCGCAUUCAAAAACAGCAAGAACAAGCAGAAAAUCACUCCUGAGCGGAGCCUGGAAUUUUUUGCUGUGGAGGCAAAUUAA